ACAUAUAGAUCAAGAUGAGUUGUUUAUCUACUUUGCUUCUGCUAUUUUCUCUUGCUUUUGCUUCUUUUUCCAGUGCAGAAAUCUCAUCUCAAGUAGGAAUAUGCUACGGACAACUUGGAAACAAUCUCCCAAUUCCAAAAAAUUCAGUUGACUUAAUCAAAGGUCUCAAAGCCAAAAGAGUCAAGAUCUAUGAUACAAAUCCACAAAUCCUUGAAGCUCUUAAAAGCACCAACCUUCAAGUUUCAGUCAUGGUACCAAAUGAACUCAUAAACAAUAUCUCUACUAAUCAAACCUUAGCUGACCAAUGGGUAAAAAACAAUGUUGUACCAUUUUAUCCACACACAAUGAUCCGUUACCUCCUUGUUGGAAACGAAAUCCUUAGUAGCCCACCCAACACCACUUGGUUCAACCUUGUACCUGCUAUCCGCAAAAUUAGAUUCUCCGUCAAGAAAUUUGGUUUAGGAAAAAUUAAAGUCGGUACUCCAUUAGCUAUCGAUAUGCUUGAAUCGUCUUUUCCACCUUCAAAUGGUACUUUUAGAUCGGACAUUUCAGAAAAAGUUAUGAAACCCUUGUUGCAUUUUUUGAAUCGAACUAAAUCUUUCUUUUUCAUUGAUGUUUAUCCUUAUUUUGCUUGGGCUGCUCAACCUACAGUGAUUAAUCUUGAUUACGCCAUGUUAGAUUCCAAGAACAUUACUGUUUCGGAUCCGGGUUCGGGUUUGGUUUAUACGAAUUUAUUGGAUCAAAUGAUUGAUGCAGUGUAUUUUGCUAUGAAAAGAGUCGGGUACCCGGAUGUUCGGUUAUUUAUUGCAGAAACGGGUUGGCCUAAUGCCGGCGGGGUGGAUCAAAUUGGAGCGAACAUCUACAAUGCAGCAACGUACAAUCGUAAUGUGAUAAAGAAGUUUACAGCUAAGCCACCUAUUGGAACCCCAGCUAAACCCGGAGUUGUUGUGCCGACAUUAUUAUUUGCAUUGUAUAAUGAGAAUCAGAAACCGGGUCCGGGUACAGAGAGACAUUUCGGGUUAUUGUAUCCUAACGGAACAAAUGUAUAUGGGAUAGACUUGUCUGGUAAGACGCCUGAAUCUGAAUAUAAGGCGUUGCCGAGAGCGAGGAACAAUGAACCGUACAAGGGGAAAAUUUGGUGUGUUGUUGGUAGAAAUGCAAAUGCGUCAGAGUUGGGUGGAGCAAUUUCGUAUGCUUGCGGGCAGGGUAAUCGGACCUGUGAUGAGAUCCGACCUGGAGGGAAAUGUUACAACCCGAAUUCUUUGGUGUCACAUGCCAAUUAUGCAUUCAGUUCUUAUUGGUCUCAGUUUAAGUCAUCUGGUGGAACUUGUUAUUUCAGUGGGCUUACCAUUCCUACCAAAAAAGAUCCAAGUUACGGAUCUUGCAAGUUUCCAAGCGUCACACUUUAAAAACGGGUCAAAUGGAAGCUACGGUGGCAGAUGCAUACAUUAAUUGCAUUCUUUUCUAUAUACGUUAGAAUAGAGUUACACAAAAUUGUCUACUUGUGGAACUCAGGAUUAUUCCAUUAGAUUUGUAUUCUUCCGUAUAGAAGAAAAGAACCUAACCUAUUUAAUUAGAACAAUGUUACAUUUUAAUAA